AAAAACUAAUGAAGCAAAUUGGUGUGAAAAAUGUGAAGCUUUCAGAAUAUGAAAUGAGUAUUGCUGCUCAUCUGGUAGAUCCUCUUAACAUGCAUGUUACUUGGAGUGAUAUAGCAGGUUUAGAUGAUGUCAUUACAGAUCUGAAAGACACAGUCAUCUUACCUAUCAAAAAGAAGCAUUUGUUUGAAAAUUCCAGGCUUCUGCAGCCUCCAAAAGGUGUUCUUCUCUAUGGGCCUCCAGGCUGUGGUAAAACAUUGAUUGCCAAGGCUACAGCCAAAGAAGCAGGCUGUCGAUUUAUUAACCUUCAGCCUUCAACACUGACCGAUAAGUGGUAUGGAGAAUCUCAGAAAUUGGCUGCUGCUGUUUUCUCCCUUGCCAUAAAGCUGCAGCCUUCUAUCAUCUUUAUAGAUGAAAUAGAUUCCUUUCUGCGAAACCGUUCAAGUUCUGAUCAUGAAGCUACAGCCAUGAUGAAAGCUCAGUUUAUGAGUCUCUGGGAUGGAUUGGAUACCGAUCAUAGCUGCCAGGCACUAAAACAGAGAGAAGCAAUCCUGAAACUGAUACUGAAAAAUGAAAAUGUGGAUAGGCAUGUAGACCUGCUAGAAGUUGCCCAGGAAACUGAUGGGUUUUCAGGAAGUGAUUUAAAAGAGAUGUGUCGAGAUGCUGCCCUCCUCUGUGUCAGGGAAUAUGUUAAUUCUACAUCAGAAGAAAGCCGCGAUGAAGAUGAAAUUCGACCUGUGCAACAGCAGGACCUGCAUCGGGCAAUUGAAAAGAUGAAGAAAUCAAAGGAUGCAGCAUUUCAGAAUGUUCUAACACAUGUUUGUUUAGAUUAAGAGUAAAGAUCAUUUGUACAGUCAGUGUGAUCUAGUUUGUUGUGCCCUGUUAUUAGUGGAGAUAGAAAGAAAGGAGGUGUGGUCUUUGAACAGUAAGGGAGUGAAAUGUUUAUGACACUGGUUUUUUUAUACUCUGAAUUCUAAGUUAUUGAGAUAUAGUUGUUAUAUAAAUGGUAUUACUACUUGUCAGAAAUCAUGAGGUGGAACAGUUUAAUCCAGCCUGGGUAUGUGUGCUUGUAUUUGACCUCUUUAGCCAUAUAUUGCAGCCUUAUAGCAACUAAGCUGGUCUUAAAGUAACAGUUGAUUCAUAGGUCAUCAGUGAGAAUUGGGGAUGUGGUUAAGUGCUGGUUCUAGAACCCUGAGUAUGUUUGUGUGUGUGUGUAUGUGUGUAUUAAAUGUAUAUAUCCACACAUUUUAUAUUGACAUUCUGUAGAUA